AUGUACAAAGACCACCUGCUGAAACGGCCCAGCAAAAUACUGGAGCUGUCCCCCCCAAGGCAAAACGAACAAGCGGAAAGGAAAAAAGAAAAAAAAAAAAAAGCCACCCUUGAUGACGUCCUAUACGGGGGUCUUCUAAACAUUUAUAAGCCUGUCAAUGUGUAUUCUAUGAAGGUGUGCCAGAGAGUCAAACGGGUCCUUAAGGACCACUUCCAACGUAUAAGCAAAACGAAGCUAAACUUUAAAGUGGGUCACGGAGGGACGCUAGAUCCCUUCGCUGAGGGGGUGCUAGUUAUUGGCAUCCAGAAGGGAACCAAAAGGCUCAGCGAUUUUUUAAAAUGCUACAAAACGUAUUUGGCCUUAGGGCUCUUCGGCUUGGAGACAGACACACUAGACCGGAAGGGCAAAAUAGUGAAGAUAAGCAGCCACCUGAUGGAAGGGACGACCCCCCAAGUGGAGACCACCACCACGCAUGAUCCCCUCACGUUGCAGAAGAAUAUUCCCCUCACUUUAAAUAAAUUUAUUGGCCAUAUUAACCAGACGCCUCCCCUGUACUCAGCCAAACGGGUCGAUGGAAUGAGGCUCUACGAAUACGCUCGAAAAAAUAUUACCGUUCAUAUAAAACCAAGUCACGUACAUAUAGAAGAUAUAAAACAUUUAAACCAAGUGGACCUUCCCUUUUUUGACUUGCAAGUUAAAUGCUCUGGCGGCACGUACAUACGAAGCCUCGUGCGCGACUUUGCACACGCACUUAACACCCAUGCUACGUUAAUUAAGCUUAUUCGGGUCCAGCAGGGGGGGGACUUCCCAUACGAGCACUCUUUGCACUACGAUGAUAUAGACAUGGAGAAUGUCCUGAGGCAUUUUAUCAGGCUGUAG